AUGUCAACUUCCGACUCCGUCGUCCUCGUAUAUACACCAUCUUGUCAUGAGCAAGAAUCGCCACCACAAAGAUCCCCCUGGAUAAAAUUCGAUUUUUCAUUUAUGUUAACAAACAAAUUUCUUAUAAUACUUUUACUUGGACAAUUUCUUUCGCUUUGUAUAACAUCUACAAUUGUGACAACCGCAGAAUUAAAAAUUAAUAUCCCUACUACACAAACCUUUUUUACAUAUUUUGUGCUAUUUAUCACUUGCACUCCAUUUACUAUUUCUAAAUAUGGAUUUAAAGGGUUUUUAAAAAUGGUUAAAAAUGAUUCUUGGAAAUGGAAUUAUUUUAGUGUAAGAUCUUUCGAAUAUACUUCUACACUUUCUCUAAUGUUACUUGAUGCAUGGACAACUCCUAUGGUUGCAGUCUUAUCAAUAAUGUUUUUGAAAGUAAGAUAUCGUUUCAAUCAAUAUUUGGGCAUUUUUAUUUGUAUCAUUGGUUCUGGUAUGGUAAUUUGGGGUGAUAUUGAUAUUGGUAAAAGCAUGUAUUUUGCUAAAGAUCCAAUAAGAGGCGAUUUAUUUGCUUUGAUCGGUGCAACUUGCUACGGCAUUUCGAAUGUAUUAGAAGAGUAUUGCGUGAAUAAAAAACCAUUAUAUGAGGUCCUUGGUCAAAUGGGAUUAUGGGGCACCUUUAUUAGCAUUAUACAAAUUGUAAUUCUAGAACUUGAUGAUUUGAAAAACUUAGUAUUAACUUCAAGAAUAAUUGGCCUUAUAAUUGCAUACACUAUCGCAAUGCUUUUCUUAUACGUUGGAAUUUCGGUCUUUUUACGUCUUUCAUCUGCCUUAUUUUUUAAUUUAUCCUUACUUACCAGCGAUUUUUAUACAUUAAUUUUUAAUUAUUUCAUAAUCAAAGAACCGAUGUCUCAAUUAUAUCCAAUAGCAUUCUGUGGUACAUUACUUGGACUUAUAAUAUAUUACAUUAAUCCUGAAGACAAACCUAUAAUUACUCAGGAAAAUAAUAAUGAACCCGUUAAUGACACUAUUCUUAUAGAAUUAGAUACGGAUAACAAGCUUGAUGUUUGA